AUGGCGGUAGCUGAGCUGAAACCCGGAAAGCGUCUUGACAUCUCCGCCCUACCCACAGGAAAGCGAGUCAAUAUCAACCUCUACCGUGAGAACAAGGAAUUCGCUCUGCAGGUGUCGAUCCGUUUCAACGAAGGUGCUAUCGUUCGCAAUGCGAUGAACAACAAUGUAUGGGGUAAGGAAGAGCGAGACGGAAACAUGCCGAUCAGCAAGGGAGAAGUCUUCGACAUUACCAUCAUCAAUGAGGAGUUCUCAUUCCAAAUCUUCUUCAACGGCAAGCGAUUCACCACAUUCGCACAUCGUGGCUCACCUAACGACAUCAAGACGCUCGAAAUCGAUGGAGACGUUGAGGUCCACACUGUCACCAUCAAUGAUGCGCCAGGAGUUUGA